AUUUUGUGUGCAUGCUAGUAAAGAGAUAUCGAGUUCAAAUCAACCAUCUUUCAUAGAAUGAUAAUAAUGUUUACUAUUAAAUAACAGUUACUAAAGUAAAUAAUGAGAGUCAAACCAAAACAACUAUAAAUCGAUAUUCAGAGUUAAAAAAUUUUCAUGAGAAGCUGCACAAAAAUGUCACUCUCUUAAAACUCUAGAUGCAAUUACCACAGUUUCCAGGAAGAUGUCUCUUUAACAAAACAAAUCAGAAUGAGGAAAGAAUUGAAAAAAGGAGAAUUGAAUUAGAAACAUAUUUCAAUGAACUUUUUAGCAUUGAUAAAAUACUUAGCUUGACUCCAGUCUAAUAAUAUUUACCAAUUGAAGGCAGUUAAAAUGAAUAGUAAGAAUAUAUUUAAGAAUAUUAGGGUGAACAUUAGUGUAAAGAUUGAAAGCUAUGUAAUUUAUGAUGGAGUUGUUGUAUAUGUACUUCGUUUCAAGAAUGAAUUCUCAAAUGAUGAAUGGAUGUACAAAAAAAGGUAUUCUGAAAUCAAAAGUAUUCAUGAUGCUCUUCUUGAUCAAGGAUUCAAAAAUAAGUUGCCAUAAUUCCCAACAAGGAAAUUAUUUGGAUAAACUAAUGUAAAUCCAGGUAAAAUAUAAGAUAAUUUUUAUAAGAAACUAUAGAAAAGAGGAAAGAAGACUUAUAAAUUUAUUUAAAUGCUCUGUUCAACACUCAAGAGAUAUAAGAAAGUUAAAUCAUUAAAUUUCUUAUUUCAGAUUCAAAAAAAUACCAUGAAAAGAAUCUCAAACUUGAGUAAUUAAAAAAAUGUUCUACUUUAAAGUCUAAAGGGUAAGACUCAAACCAAAGAGUCGAAGAAAUUUUACAGAAAACCAAUUCAUUAAUAGAUGAAAAUAAAUGA